UAACUGUUAUAACAAACUUGGGUGCAAUUUUGACGAGGUUCUAAGUAAAAUCCAAGAUGCCGGAACUCAUAGAGCAGAUGUACUGUUCCCAGCAGAUCGUUAUUCCGCCGAAGUUUCCGUACAUCCUCAAGAAGUAUUGUAAAGCAGCUAUAAAAACCCAGCCAUACGACCUUCUCCGUUGGUCCUAUGAGUACUUCACAGCGCUUGCGCAGAACCGCCCACCCCCAGUGAAGUUAAGAUUGGAGUACCCCAUAUACAGCACUGAGGGUGGUCUUACCAGAGGAUGCUUGAAGGUUUUGGCUAAUCAGCUGACUGGUGUAUCAGACGUGCCUCUGCCGGUUGUGCGUAAAGCAUGGGACGGUUUCUGCCUUGAUCCUCACGAACUAAGGCGGAUAUUCUGUUUGUGUGAAGUGUAUCUAAGGGAAAGUUCAGUACCAUUUUUACAUUUCAUCGCUGUUGCUGGAGGCUUGCUAACAAAGACACUCACACACACCAUGAUCCUACUCUGCGAGACGCUGACCAAGGAACCUGACGGUGGAUCAGCAGCAAUACCGGUUCAAGAUUUCCUGGUUAUGUACAAAUUUCUGGCGCGCAUGGACGCUUCUAAGGAUGUGAAGUAUUUCAAUGGAUAUCGGGAAGGUGAAGCACCGAAACCUGAAACUCCUGUCGAGGAAGAGGAGCAGCCACAAAUAUUAGAAGAGCACACAGAUACUGAUUCAAUGUUAGAAGAUUAUUGGCAAGACUCUAAGAACCUUCACAAGGUGAAUCUUAUAAAUGAUCACGUGUCCCAAUCAGCGAGAUUAAGUGGUAAAUUGAACAUGCCAGUUAUUGGCAAAAUCCAACGUUCACCUUCCGUCGAGAGAGCGGGACAGAUAGAGAUGGAGAACUACUUGAGGGAGAGAAAAGGAAGAGCUGCUCCAAGCGAGGCAGUUGAAAAAAAGCUUCGUGAAAUGAGUAGUGCGAAAAUCAACGCAGAUGGAACAGCACCAAGUGAAACCAAAACAAAAGACAAAUUUGAGAAGAAGAAAGAAGGUAUCGAAAUUAUUGUCACAGAUGAAAACGAUACGGAAAUACCGUUAGAGAUAUAUGGUGAACCAAGACAAGUAAUCGUUGAUGAUGAAAUUGUAGAAGGAACGGAUAUAUUAGGUGGCGAAGAAGUGAAAGAAGAAGAAAAUGUAGAGAUCGAUGAAAAAGAGAAGAUUAGACAGUUUGUUGAUGAAUGUUUUGAAGAACGUGAAAGACGUCGUGAAGAUUUGGAACGUACGUUCGAAGAAAUCGCCGAUAUCGUGGAUCGAUUCAAAUCGGCUAAUUAUGAUCUCGGUAUGGUCGCUGGUAGACAGAUGUCGACGACGAGCGGCGAAUUCGUAGUGGCUCAUAUUGAAAAGGAUAUCAUGGAUUACAUAAAUGAUCAAAUUGCAAUAUUACCUGAUCCAGACUUGAAGAGAAAGAAGGCUAAGCCCGAGGAGGUGGCCAUGGUGAGGGAAAUUCUGGACAACUAUCUCGAUGAGAAUAUGGAUGUGAUCAUACCUGAGCUGGAAGAAGUGGAAGAAGAGGAACAGCCGAUACCAGAAGUAACCGUAGUAUACGCGGUACCAGGAAUUGGGCCGCCGGUUGAAGAAGACUUGAUAGAAGAAUUCGCAGAAUACGCUUUAGAUAUAUGCAAGCUGCAAGCUGAUGUUAUUAUGCCGAGGAACAUUCGACAUUUUCUGUGUCCACCUUUGGAAAAGUAUGACGAACCAAAGUACGAAGACCAGCAGACCAAGAGAGAAGAAGUGGCGAUGGGGGGAGUUAUCACAGAAUAACAUGAAACUCAUGAACUAUUACGUACUCUUAGAUUUCUAGAUCGAAACC